UCACUCUUACACUCCUCCAUCACGCGUACAAAAGGAAGAAAAGUUUGUUGGUAGAAGUACUGGUUGAUUGCAAGCGGAAACACAAGCUCACAUCGCUGGAAGAAUUUAUUACCUAGAACAACUAAGAGGCAGUGGUGAAAUAUCAGGAGAGCACAGUGCAUUGUGGAACAGAGUGGACCACACAGACGACUGAGAACAGUGGUAUUUCUGAAACCCCAAGCCACUCAAAUAUUUAAAGAUGUGGAAGAAAUCAAAAAUUUCAGAUCCCACUGCCACAGGGCAGGGAGGAGCAGAUGAUCAAUCGUCUAAGAAAAAAGGUAUCAAGAGGAGAUCAAAGGUCCCGGGAGUUAUGAUAACACAGUAUAUGGAAGAAUUGCCAGAGGGAAAAACUACUCCUGACUUCACUCGAAAACCUAUUGCUUUAACCAUCCAGGAAGGUAAAUUAGCCAUCUUUAAAGCCAUUGUGAUUGGAGAGCCCAAACCUACUGUAUCAUGGAAGAGAGCUAAAGGAGAAAUGAAUGAUCCACAAAGGUUUCAGAACAAAUUUGAUCCUACAACUAAUGAACACACUUUAGAGAUGCCCAAAGUAACUGGUGAACAAGCUGACACCUACAAGUGCUAUGCUGUUAAUGAGUAUGGAAAGGCUGUUUGCACAGUCAUCCUAAAUGUUAUAGAAGUUGGAUUUAAAAAGAGCAAAGCAAUGCAGAAGCCAGAAGAGAUGAAGGACCCAGCCGAGUUCAGAAACAAGCUAAGGAGAAGUGCUGGCAAAAAGGUUGCUCCUAAAAAGGAGGGAGAAAUCGAUGAGAUGGUGUGGGAUCUGUUACUGUCUGCUGAAAAGAAAGACUAUGAGAGUAUUUGUGUUGAAUACAGCAUCAGAGAUUUUCGUGGCAUGCUAAAGAAACUGACUGAAAUGAAGAAGGCGAGAGAGCAAGAGCAGGCCGAGUUCAUACAGCACAUCAGUGAUCUGAAACCUAUUGAGGUGAAAUCAGAUGAUUUAGCUACUUUUGAGAUGGAACUGGAACUCAAAGACCCCAACAGUCGCAUUUUCCUCUAUAAGGAUGGUGUCAUGGUUCCAUUCAGUAAAGAAGCAGAAGGUGAGGCGAAGCAUUUCCUGAAGCAAGUCGGCAAAAAGUUUGUGUUUUCAGUGAAGAAUCUUAAUCCUGAGGAUGCUGGUAUCUACCAAGUUGAUGUUGAGGGAGUCAACGUCUUUUCAACUGAUUUUAAAAUCCCACCUGUGGAUUUUGUAGUGAAGAUUGAAGAGGUGAAGGCUGAAGAAAGACAGGAUGCUGUAUUUGAGUGUGUUACUUCUAUGCCUAUGAGCCAGAUUGUAUGGUCACUGAAAAAUAAUUCACUGUCCAACAGUAAUAAAUACGAAAUUACUGUUUCUGAGGACAAACUGAUUCACCGGUUGAGGAUCAUUGAUUGUAUGCCUUUGGAUGCUGGGAUUUAUACCGCAGUGGCAGGAAUCAAGUCUUGUGGUGCUUGGCUUGUUGUAGAGGCUGACAAAGAUUCUGCUGCACAAGGUAAAAAGAAAGCCCGCAAGUCCACGCAAGCAGGUGGCAGUGGAGCUGACCUGGCUAAAAUUGCUGCCGAGCAGCAGGAAAAACACAAGAAGGACAUGGCAGACGCCCUUGAUGCUGCUAAAAAAACUCAGGCUGAGCGGGACGCUGCGGCAGCCAAGGCUAAGGCUGAAGCCGAAGCCGCACUGGCAGCAGCGAAGGCUGCUGCUGCCGCUAAGGCCGCCGCUGCUGCACAAGCUGCCGAGGCUGCACGUGCAGAGGCUAAAGCUAAAGGCAUGUCCGAGAAGGACGCCAAGGCUCGAGCUGAUGCUGCGGCCGCUGCUGCAGCUGCGAAAGCCCAAGCCGAAGCUGAGGAGGAAGCCAGAAGGUUGGCUGAAACCAAGGCCAAAAGAGCGGGUCAGAGUGCAGAGGAGAUCGCGAGGGCUGGAGCAGCAGCUGCUUCUUCACUUGCUCAUGAUAUGGCUUCAGCUGGAGCAGGAGGGCUUGGAGCAGGUGGAGCUGGUGUUGGUGGAUCUGGAGGGGGUUUUGGUACUGCCGGGGCUGCGGGAAAGGCUGGUGCUGCAGGUUUUGGUGGUGGUGCAGGAGGUGCUGGUGGUGCAGGAGGUGCUGGUGCUGCAGGUUUUGGUGGUGGUGCAGGAGGUGCUGGUGCUGCAGGUUUUGGUAGUGGUGCAGGAGGUGCUGGUGGUGUAGGAGGUGCUGGUGCUGCAGGUUUUGGUGCUGGUGCUGGUGCAGGAGGUGCUGGUGCUGCAGGUUUUGGUAGUGGUGCAGGAGGUGCUGGUGGUGCAGGAGGUGCUGGUGCUGCAGGUUUUGGUGGUGGUGCAGGAGGUGCUGGUGGUGCAGGAGGUGCUGGUGCUUCAGGUUUUGGUAAUGGUGCAGGAGGUGCUGGUGGUGCAGGAGGUGCUGGUGCUGCAGGUUUUGGUAGUGGUGCAGGAGGUGCUGGUGGUGCAGGAGGUGCUGGUUAUGCAGGAGGUGCUGGUGGUGCAGGAGGUGCUGGUUUUGCAGGAGGUCCUGGUGGUGCAGAAGGUGCUGGUGGUCUAGGAGGUGCUGGUGGUGCAGGAGGUGCUGGUUCUGCAGGAGGUGCUGGUGGUCUAGGAGGUGCUGGUGGUGCUGAUGGAGCAGGAGGUUUAGGUAAAGCAGGAUCUGAUAACUUGUCUGGGGAAGGUGAUGAUGAUGGAGAUGCUGCUGGAGGUAAAGCUAAGAGGCAUGGACGAACUGGACCACUAGUGCCUGAUACUGUCAUAGGUGGAGGUAACCCACAUGGCAACCCUCAUGGUAAUCCACAUGGCAACUCAAAAGACAACCCUCAUGGUAAUCCACAUGGCAACUCAAAAGAUAACCCUCAUGGUAACCCCCAUGGAAACCCGAAUGGCAACCCAGAUGGUAACCCAGGCGGUAACCAAGAUGGAAAUCCAAGUGGUAAUCCAGGGGUUGACCAGCAGAGUAAUCUAUCUGGAGCUGGAGCAGAGGGCACCGAGGGGGCUCUGCCUGCUGAUGGGGCCACUCAGGGCACUUCAACUGAAGCUGGAAAGCAAUCAGGCCGCACAAGACAAGGACCUUUGCUUCCAGACACAGUUGUUGAUCCUGGCGUUCACUUCUCUGCUGGCCUGGAAGACUGCAAGGCUAUCGUAGGAGAGGCCGCUGAGCUGGUCUGCAAACUCAGCAGUGCAGACUGCAAGGGGGCCUGGUACAAAGAUGGAAAGGAGGUUUCUGAUUCGACUGACGGUAUGACGAUCAGCCAAGACGGUGCUGUUCAUAAACUAAAAAUCCACAAAGUAUCAGAAGAAUUUUCUGGAAAAUACAAAUUUGAAGCUGAUGGUCGUAAAACUGAAGCUGUGAUCAUUGUUGAAGAUCCACCAAGGCUUGGCAGCAAGGACCUGGAGAAAUUUUCCGAACCAACAGUGGUUAAAAUUAAUCACAGAGCUGAAUUUAAAAUACCAUUUGUCGGCCGUGAACCCACCAAAGUACAGUGGUACAAAGAUGGCGAGGAACUUUCACCGGAUGUAAACUGCAAGAUUGAGGUUUCUGAAGGGCAUAGCCGUCUGCUUCUCAACAAACUACAGCGCAGAGACACAGGGGAAAUUAAAAUCAAAAUAAAAAAUGAGUUUGGCACUACUGAAGCCAGUACUAAUCUAGUUGUGCUUGACAAGCCUACCCCACCCCUCGGACCUCUGGAGAUUGUUGAAGCCUCAUCAAACUGCAUCGAGAUCAAAUGGCGGUCACCAAAAGAUGACGGUGGCUGCCCAGUUAGUCAUUAUUUCCUUGAGCGUAAUCAAGUUGGACGUAACACCUGGAAGAAAAUUGGACAGAUCCCUGGUGAAGCCCAUUACAAAGACAAUGAUGUGGAUCAUGGUAAAAGGUACUGUUAUCGCAUCAGAGCUGAGACUUCAGAGGGUAUUAGUGAGUUAAUGGAGACUGAAGAUGUCCAAGCCGGCACUAGAGAAUAUUCUGGCCCACCAUCUGCUCCUAAAGUGGUCAAUGCCUUUAAAGACUGCAUUACUCUUUCUUGGACUCCACCUGCUAGCACUGGGGGAACAGGCAUUCUUGGCUACAACUUGGAGAAACGUAAGAAGGGCAGCAACCUGUGGAGCCUCGUUCACCCAGCAGAUGAACCGAUUAAAGGAAAGAAAUAUGCAUGCAAAGAUGUCAUUGAGGGCAUGGAGUAUGAGUUCCGUGUAUCAGCUGUGAACAUAUCUGGAGCUGGUGAACCGAGCACAGCAUCAGAGUUGGUGUUUGCUAGAGAUCCCAAAAAAUCACCUGGCAAAAUUAUUGAUGUUAAAGUGACAGAUUCCACAUAUACCAAUUUGUCCCUCUCCUGGACAACACCAAAAGUGAUCAAGGGAGAACAGGAUGAAGCUAAAGGAUAUUUUGUUGAAAUCAGACCUGCAGAAAGCACUGAAUGGGUUCGCUGCAACACCAAUGCUAUUAUCAUGACCACGUAUACUGUGAAGGGACUGAAGUCCAUGGCCAUGUACUGGGUGAGAGUCAUCGCUGUGAAUGAGGGUGGUCAGGGAGAACCUCAGGAGCUGAACAACUACAUUCUGGCUAUGCCACCCCCUGUGAGACCAAGAUUCACAGAUGUCAAGAUCAAGAGCUUCAUGAUUGUCAAAGCUGGAAAUUCAGCUCGAUUCAACAUUAACUUUGUGGCGUCUCCGUGGCCGGAGGUCACUUGGCUGAAGGAUGACAUUCCUAUCUCCAAACGUGCCACCAUUAGCAAUACUGAGGGGGGCUCUCAAAUCUUAAUCCCCUCAUCGGAGCGCUCUGACAGUGGAAUUUACACCAUUGUAGUCAAGAACGUUGUUGGCCAGGAGAGCUUCAGUGUUGAGAUCAGAGUCACAGAUGAGCCUAAGCCCCCUGGCCCUGUGGAACUGGAUGUUAAUGUCCCAGGUACUGUGACAGUCUCCUGGACGGCAUCACCAGAUGAAAAAAAAGAUGAUCGCUUGCACUACAUGGUGACCAAGAGGGACUCGGUUAAACAGACCUGGAACACAGUGGCUGACCACAUAUUUAACAACAAGUUUACAGUCUGCAACAUCAUGCCUGGGAGGGAGUACCAGUUCCGUGUCUAUGCCAAGAACGACAUGGGACAGUCUGCCCACUCUGAAUCUCCCAAGUGGCUCAUUACUGAGAAGAAAGAGAAGUUUAUGUUAAUCACACCCAAAUCAAAACCCUGCAAUCUGGAUGGUCCUCCUAAGUUCAUGGUACCCUUGAAAAUGCACACAGCACCACAAGGCUAUGAGUGCUACAUGAGCUGUGCUGUGAGAGGCAAUCCGACCCCUCACGUCACAUGGUACCGCAACAACAUCAGUAUCAACACAGACAUCAACUACUACAUCUCUAACACGUGUGGCGUGUGCUCCAUGCUCAUUCUGAGGGUGGAACCAAAGGACAUGGGAGAGUACAAAGUCAUUGCAGAGAAUCCAUUAGGUAGAGCAGAAUGCUCCACCAAGCUGAUGGUCAGAGAAUAAAGCCAUGUCUGGAUAAAAGCAGCACAGCUUACCUCUAUCAAGUCUUUAUUUUAUUUAUUUAGCUAAAAGUGCAGUUAUUUGCUGAAUUGUGCUUUAUUCAGACAAUUUAUUGACAUGUUGUGUAUGAUUUUACUUUGAAACUAGGUUACACUAUACCUGAGAUUUCAUCUCCAUGACUUUUGCUCUUUUGUGUUUACUUUUAUUUCUUUCUAAGACAUUUUCAGCACUUUGUUGUUUGCCUCUCAUCUAUGAUAGUUAAAUAUGUUUCCUAAAUGAUAAUGCAGUAUGUAAUUUUAUUAAAUUUAGACAAGAAGUUAAACUGCAGCAUUUAUAUUCCUAACCUGAGUGCAGUUUUCGUAAGAUGGUGAGAAUAUGAUGUGUGAGCAUGUGCAUAAUGUUUUGGAAUCAGUGUUGUUUUUCACUUUUUAUUAAAAUUCUAAUUUAGUUUUACAUAGUAUUUAACAAAUAGAACAUCUUUCUUUAUUAUUCUUAGUUUCAAUGUAAAUUUUAUUUUAUUUAAUGAAUGAAUUCAUGUAUUUAUUUAUUUAUUUUUUGGGGGGUUUCACUCAGAUGUGGGCAUGUAGUUAUUGGGUCUGUUGUGACUGAAACUGCUUGUGUGAUGUGCUGUAAUCAACAAGAUUACAUAAAAUAAAUAACUGUGGUAUCAUUAA